CAAAGCUGCCCGUCAACCGCAAACCGCAAUUCCUUUGUACGCGAAUUAUUUUUCGGUUUUGUUUUUGACAAGUGUUUUUUUACAUCGUUUUUCAUUUCAAAAAAUUAAUAAUUUUUGUUAAGUGUGUUUGUGUUGUUUAAGAGUUCGUCUUUAUUAUAUUUUUGUUUAUUUUCUGUGAAAUAUUAAUUAUCAGAUGGACAAAGGAUAAUGUACCAUCCGGUGCGGAGAAAUAUGAAGAAUUUAGUCAUCAGUGCCAUAUUUGUAAUAUGUAUAGCUACACCAACAUUAACAGAUCCGAGAGCGUUUGAUGUACCAUUCAAAAGAAAUGACAAAAAGCAAGAAGAUACUUUUGAUAACAAUAUCAUAGACUUUGAUGAUGAAUAUUCCAUUAAAUUAAAUAAAAAUUAUGACACAGCUUCGUGGAAAAAUGUAGAUAGUAAAAAUAAAGAUUCUUAUAGGUAUACUAUUGUAAAAGAUAAGCUUAAUAUUAGAGAAAAAGAAUUUAAUCAAAAUCAAACAGAUGAAGUAAAAAAUAUUACACAAGUAACAAAAUCAAUAGAAGAAUCAACAGAAUUAUCAGAAUUUAGUGUUAUUCCUUUAGAAUUAGUUAGUACUACUGAAAAUAUAUUAGUCAGUGUAGUCGAAAGUACGACUGAAGCGGAUUUAACAGUAAUACCACUAUCAACUACGCAAAGAAUAUUACCAGAGUUUGAUAUUCAUCAAAGUGUUACAUUACCAGUUUCAACACAGCCAUCUGAAGAUUACACACCAACAACUGAACAUAGUGAUGUUACAACAAAAUAUAAUGUGAAUGAAACAAAUUCUACAACAACAUUAACCAUAGAGAUCACUAGUCAUUCAGAUAAUGAAAAUGUAACACUACUAGAUGUUAUAGCAGCAGAGACGAUCCGUAAUAACAACACAAAACUCGAGUUUGAUCACAAAGAAACAAAAGAAAACGACUCUACCGAUAAAAUUGACAUUACGACAGUUACAACUGAACACGAGACUAAUUUUACUUCAACUACCAUUGAAUCUAUAAAUCGAUUAGAUGAAACCACUGAAACUACUGACUCUAAUGAAGAGGAGGUUCCAAUUUUUACAGAAUUAGACACAGAAGGAGAAGAAGAAAAGGAUAUUCCAGAAGAUUAUUACGAUUCCAAAGAUGUCGUUCCGACAACUGCACCAAAAACAGAUGCACUUUCAGUAAUAUUUGGCUUCGCUGGCAGCGUUGUGGAGAGCGUUGUAGAGACGGUCGCUGAAAGGGUGGUCCCAAAUUGGAUUUAUGAUAUUUAUAAACGAAUGCAGAAGCAAAGUGAGGCAUUGGAAGCCGAGAAGUUAAGAAGUAGAGAAGAGAAUGGUGGAUUGGGUCAAUUUGGUCGUGGAAUCUUGAAAAGUAUUUCUUCAGGCAUCAGCAAGCCUUUGAGCCAGCUAAUGGCAGGUGUCCGGGACAUCGGUUCCUUGGACAGUGACCGAGGAUUCGUCGGUAGUUUAGCAUCUGGUGUGACCAGCGUCGCAAAUGUUGCCAAUUCUGUUGUAGACGCUUUCAAAGAUAGAGUUCAAGCAAUAUAUCCAGGCACGGUGUGGUGUGGUGACGGUCACUCAGCAGCGGCGCGCUCCGGUGAGCUGGGCCUUUUCUUCUUCACCGACACCUGCUGUCGUCAGCACGACGCUUGCAAGAUCUACAUCCGCGCCGGCGAGACCAAAUACGGUCUCACUAAUACUGGUCUAUUCACACGUUCUCACUGCAGCUGUGAUAUGAAGUUCCGCGACUGCCUGCGGCGGACCAACUCACUGGUGUCAGCACAGAUCGGCCUCACCUACUUCAACGUGCUAGGACCGCAGUGUUUCAGGAAGGCACAUCCCAUCGUCAAGUGCGUGCGCCGUACUAGAAUAACUGGUCAGAAAUGCGAAGAGUACGAGCUGGACUAUACCAAGCCUAAGAUGUGGCAAUGGUUCGACUCCGAAACCUUCUGAUGCAGUAGACCACUAGCAGACAACCUGCGGAUUACCAGCAGACUGUCAGCGGCUACAAACGUCGCAGACUGAUUCAUGUCGAAAUUAAAUGAUAUCACAGGAAAAUUCCAUGAUGGAGGCGAUUUCGUAUAAUUAUUUCAAAGUCGGUGGCUUAAAGUUUGCAAUUAAUAAUAAUAAACAGUCUCUUAGAGCCAUAACACUGUUCACUUCGCGUGAUUUAGUCCCAUCUUAACAAGACUCUUCAAGCCCACAGAUUUCCAAACUUUAUUUCUCUUACACCAUUUAC